AUGAUGGCUUUUUCAAUCCUCGUGGUCGCCUCCCGCACGGCCAGCAACUACAAAUUCGGGAACCUGCAGCUUAGUGAUGUGAUCAUAGUGUUGGCUCUGACUUUGCUGUUGAUUGCAGCCGUGCUGUUCAAUGUCGCGGUCAACCACGGGUACGGCAAUACCAGCACGGCCCCCAGCCACCGCAGUGUGACCGCAAGCUUCCGGUACUCGACCAUCGGCUACGCGAUUGUGAUCGUCAAUGUGGUCAGUGUGGUUUUGCUGUUCGCACAAUGCUCGCGUGUCGAGGACAUAUUCCAGCCCGGCGCCCAGGAACAUUGUAUGUCGCUGGAUGUUCAGAUCGAUUAUGGAUAUUUCCAGGGUGCGUUCAACUCCGCCAGCGACCUCUUCCUCGCCGUCUUCCCCAUCUACAUCUUUUGGCGGUUUAACUGGACGCUCCGGGUCAAACUGGUGCUCAUCUCCCUGCUUAGCCUGGGGGUGGUAGCAAUGGCCGCCUCCCUCGUCAAGACCCUGGAGUACCCCACGAUCCUCAAAUCGACCAACCCGCGCAUCAACCGCGUCCCCCUCCUCCGGUGGAUGUUCAUCGAGGCCGGCAUUGUUCUUAUAACCGCCUCAGUACCGUGUGUCCGGCCCCUGGUCAUCCACUGGGUUAGAAUGUAUAUCCGGAAGAAACAGACGCAGCACCACCAGAUGGAUGGGGAGCCGACUGCCAACCAAUCUACGGAGAGUUUUGCAGCAGACUGGAAGAUGAGCUGGAUCAUGCCGUACGUGAGGCAGCGGGGACAGGGGCAGGCGUCGUGCUCCUCGGAAGAGCACGAGCGGCAGAUUCUGGCGAAUAUCACGACGCAGAUCUUCGCGGGGGAUCGGGAGUUUCUGGAUCGACAUGUGGGGGGGAUUGUGAGGAAGGUGGAGGUGGUGGUGGUUGCGGAUGAGAUUCCAUUAACAACUAGGAGAGAUAGCGGAGUAUAA